AUGAGGGUGGAAGGCGGUGGUGCCUACGGCCAUCCGAUGGUGGUGUCCACUCGAGCCUCCAGCGCCUUUCCUCUGAUUCUGACGAAAAUGUUUGACGACGAGACGAUGUUACAACGUGUGCCAAAGUGUCUCUACAUAGUUGGUGGAAUUAUGGCGGGCCUUCAACUCCUCGGCUGCAUCUUUGUCCGUCCACGACCGGAGGAAGGGGGAACCAAUGAGCUUGCUGUUCACCAUUCGGCCGGCCUUAAUCUCCAUUCGCUCAGUGUUAGUAGCACUCAACCGCCGCGUGCCAUCACUUGGUUUGGGUUCGUCUGA